AACUGAUUACAUGAAUGGUAACGAAACAAAUAACUAUCUCUUUUUUUCACUACCAGAGCAUUAUUCAUCGGACCAAGCAUUUAUAGUUAUUGAAACAGAAUUAGCUGGAACAGAUAUGGAUGAACUUAAGAUCAUAAGCUAUUUAAAAGCUCUUUCUAUAUUCCACCAAGUAGCAGCUGGGUUAGCUGUAGCUGAGGAGAAGCUCCAGUUUGAGCAUCGAGACCUUCAUCCCGGUAAUAUCUUAAUAAAAAAGUGUGGGAACGAUGAAAAAUUAGACGUAUGCUUAAGGGGUGAAAGAUAUCAGGUCGAAACUUACGGUAUCAAAGUAACCAUCAUUGAUUUCACGUAUUCAAGAUUACAAACGGGUAAGAACAAGUACUGUACCAAGAUUAUAACUGGUUCCUCUAAAAACACCUAGUGGUUUGAAAAAUAAGU